CAAGGCAGCUGAGUCAAAUGCCUUCACAGACGCUUGGGAGCAAUCUGUGACAAGACACCUCUGUAACAUCCAUCUGAAAGCCUUCUGAGGAGGAAAAAAAAUGAAAUUUGUCUUCCAAGCUACGCUGUCCAUCGGGCUGCUGGCACUGUGUUUUGCAACAUCCCCAGUAAGAUGGUGCACAACGUCUGAUCCUGAACAGGAGAAAUGCCACAAUUUGCAGAAGUGCUUUAGCAGCCAACAGCUCAGCUGUGUGAAGAAGGCCGAUGUCCAUGAAUGCAUAAAGGCCAUUGCAAACAAUGAAGCAGAUGCUGUCACUCUGGAUGGUGGUCAGGUUUUUGAUGCAGGCCAGGCCCCGUACAAUCUGAAGCCUAUUGUAUCAGAGGUCUAUAACACAGACCAAGGAGAAUCUGUUACCAGUUACCGUGCUGUGGCUGUGGCGAAGACAGGAACCAUCUCUUCAAUUUCUGAUCUUCAAGGAAAGAAAUCCUGCCACACUGGCUUGGGCAGGUCUGCAGGGUGGAAUAUUCCAAUUGGGGGACUUGUGGCCCAUAACAUGAUAGACUGGAAAGGAGCAGCUGUAGAACCAUUGGAGAAAGCUGUAGCCAGGUUUUUCUCAGCCAGCUGUGUCCCAGGUGCUUCUGAACCAACACUCUGUCGCUUAUGUGCCGGGAAAGGUCAGGAGAAAUGCACCCGGAAUGAUCCCUUCUCUGGCUAUUCAGGAGCUUUCAAUUGUCUGAAAUCUGGAGCUGGAGAUGUAGCCUUCGUGAAAGAUGCCACAGUGUUAGCUCUCAGUCCAGAAGAAAGAGAACAGUACGAACUGCUCUGUAGUGAUGGCACCAAGAAGCCUAUUGACCAAGUCAUGGACUGUAACCUGGCGAAAGUUCCUGCUCAUGCUGUGGUGGCACGAAGUGUCAACGGUCGGGCGGACGAGAUCUGGACGCUUCUUUCAAGUGCACUGGAACGGAGGGACCGACCUGAAUGCCAACUUUUUGGCCCUUCUGGAGGCCACCUCAAAGACCUCCUGUUUAAGGAUUCUGCUACCGGUCUUCGUCGUGUCCCUGAAUUGAUGGAUUCUCAAAUGUUCUUGGGAUACCAGUAUUAUACUGCUACUCAGAGCCUCAGAAGAGAGAGACCUGUUCCUGAUACGUCUGACAGAAUUGUAUGGUGUGUUGUGGGUAAGGCUGAGAAGACCAAAUGUGACUUGUGGAGUGGAAUAAGCGAAGGCAACAAAAUUGACUGCGCUGUGGGUGAGUCAACAGAAAACUGCAUCGAAAAGAUCAUGAAAGGUGAAGCUGAUGCCAUGAGCUUGGAUGGAGGCCAUAUCUACACAGCUGGAAAGUGUGGCUUGGUUCCUGUGUUGGCAGAAGUCUACUCUUCUGACAAUGGUGUGUGCAACCAUCCAGAGCGUGAGUCAAUGGUUAUAGGCUACUCUUCUGUAGCAGUCGUUAAGGCAUCUGAUCCUGACAUCACAUGGCAGACCCUGAAAGGAAAAAAGUCCUGUCAUACUGGUGUUGGCAGAAACGCUGGCUGGAAUAUACCCCUGGGCUUGCUUUACAAUGCGGAUAACAGUAGUUGUGAUUUUGGUAAAUUCUUCAGUGAAAGCUGUGCACCAGGAGCACCAAUUGAAUCUCCCCUCUGCAGGCUAUGCAAGGGCAGUGAACCUGGAAGCCGUAUUGAAAAAAACAAGUGUAAAGACAACAGCAAUGAGAUAUACUAUGGCUAUAAUGGUGCAUUCAGGUGCUUGAUUGAAGAAGGAAAUGUGGCCUUUGUGAAAGGAACCACAGCCAUUGAGAACACAGGACCCAACAAACCUGCAUGGGCAAGUGGCUAUGGACCUAAUGAUUUUCAGCUCCUGUGUCUCAAUGGUGAACGACGAUCAAUUCAGGACCAUGAAAUUUGUAACCUGGCUACAGUUCCCACUCAUGGAGUAGUAACACGUCCUGAACGAGCACAGGUUGUCCGUGAAAAAUUGCUCGAACAACAGAAAUUUUACGGAACUGAUGGAACAAAAAAAGAUGACUUCCAGAUGUUCCAAUCAUCUGGAAGCAAAGACAGUUUGUUCAAAGAUGGCACUCUGUGCUUAGCUACUCCACAAGGAAAGACCUAUAAGGAAUAUCUUGGGAAGAAUUACCUGGCUUCUGUGGCUGGACUCAAACAAUGCUUACCUUCAGAACUCCUCAAGGCCUGUGUAUUCCACCAGCAGAACUAAUCAGAUGAACUACAGCUCCCGGAAUCUUUUGUUAUUCUUCCCUGAACCUGGAGAAUCUAUCUCACUACUUUCUCCUUAACAGAGCUACAAAGUAUUUGAGCUUCUCCUCUCAUGUCACUCUUUUAUGUCACUGCUAGUGCAAAAAAUAAAAUAAACAUUCACAGUUUCAAUUCCCUUA